AUAGAAAUGACGUCGACGUUUAGAAGCGAACAGAACACACAGGUGGGACUCACCAACCGUCUGAACAUUUCAACGCUGAGACUACCUAUCUGGACCAGUCCAACAUCAGGGUUAACAUCUCGAUAGACAAGAUUACAUUUCCUGUCCGACAGUGUCACCGCAUCUAGAAGUUCACUUGAAGCUAAAUCUGCGAAGAAACCGCCAACACCACAUACGUUGACAACCUUUCUUUGACCCGCUCAACAUGUCUACCGCGGUCAUAAGCGGCGACGAAGACGUCCUCGACCCCACCCUCCAAAACCUCAUCGACCAAAAGUCGCUAAGAUGGAUAUUCGUCGGAGGAAAAGGAGGAGUAGGCAAGACCACAACAUCCUGCUCUCUAGCAAUACAAAUGGCCCAAAAAAGGAAGUCCGUGCUGCUCAUCUCUACGGACCCAGCACACAACUUGAGCGACGCAUUCAGCCAGAAGUUCGGCAAAGACGCGAGACUCAUCGACGGCUUCACCAAUCUCAGUGCCAUGGAAAUCGACCCCAACGGCAGCAUUAACGAGCUCAUUGCCGGUGCAGGAGACGAGGCUCAAGACGCAAUGUCCGGUAUGGGCGGGAUGGGCAACAUGAUGCAGGAUCUUGCCUUUAGCAUCCCCGGUGUCGACGAAGCAAUGUCCUUCGCCGAAGUCCUCAAACAAGUCAAGUCCCUCUCGUACGAAGUCAUCAUCUUCGACACCGCUCCCACAGGCCACACCCUCCGCUUCCUGCAAUUCCCCACCGUCCUCGAAAAGGCUCUGGCCAAAAUCUCCCAACUAUCCACACAAUUCGGUCCGAUGUUACAAACGGUCAUCGGCGCAAGAGGAGGUCUCCCAGGCGGUGGCUCGCUCGACGAGCUGACCCAGAAACUCGAGGCUCUCCGCGAAACCAUCGCCGAAGUCAACACUCAAUUCAAAAACCCCGACAUGACCACUUUCGUGUGCGUCUGCAUCGCCGAGUUCUUGUCCCUUUACGAGACCGAGCGCAUGAUUCAGGAGUUGGCAAGCUACGAGAUUGACACGCAUUGCAUUGUGGUCAAUCAAUUACUUUUCCCGGAAAAGUCGAAUGAGUGCAAGCAGUGUAAUUCCAGGAGGAAGAUGCAGAAGAAGUAUCUUGACCAGAUUGAGGAGUUGUACGACGAGUUCAAUGUCGUCAAAAUGCCACUUCUGACCGACGAGGUUCGUGGCGUGGACAAGUUGAAGAGUUUCUCGGAAAUGCUCAUCCACCCUUACGAGCCGCCGUCAUGAGUUUGUGUUUGAGAGCGUUUUGUGAGCGCACCAGUCAUGAGGGCCAUGGUUUGGACCAGCACGCAGCGUGGUGAUGUGAGAUGAAAGCGAAAAAGUGGAACCGGAAGCCGGUUUGAUGCACACAAGUGUACCUAAGUACGACAUUAUUGGUAGAUGAGCAUACAAUUGAGCGGCGUCUUCUUCUUGUUAUCCAACCGCAGCACUACAAGAUCGUU